AUGACAAUUAAGGUCGAAAAGAGUAAAACUGAUCAGCUUAGGCAGGGCGAUGAGGUUAUUAUCGCACAAUCAGGUGGUAGUGCUUGUCCAGUUUCCAUUCUUCGAGACUAUUUAAGCAGGUUAAACAUCGAUCCUCAUUCGGAUGAGUUAAUUUUCAGACAGUUGGUCAAAACCAAGUCAUUCUAUAAGUUGGUUAACAAAGAUAAACCUAUUAGUUACACUACUUUCAGGGAUCAUUUGUCGAAGAGUUUACGCUCAGUGGUACCUGAUCCUUCUGUUUAUGGCACUCAUUCAUUUAGGUCAAGGGGAGCUACCAAGGCUGCCAACAGCGGCGUGGGCGAGCGAGUUUUUCAGAGGCACGGGCGGUGGAAGAGUGUUUCGGCCAAGGAUGGCUAUGUCAAAGACAAUAUCACUUCUAGGAUUUCGGUCUCUAAGUCUUUAGGACUUUAG